AUGCCCGCGAAGAAGGCCGUCGUCGUUCUGAAGGGUGACUCCAAUGUUACCGGCACCAUUUUCUUUGAGCAAACGGAUAAUGGCCCGGUGAAGGUGACCGGCUCUGUUAACGGUCUCGCUGCUGGUCUGCACGGAUUCCAUGUUCACGAGUUUGGCGACAACACCAACGGCUGCACCUCGUCUGGUGCUCACUUCAACCCACAGGGCAAGACUCACGGCGGCCCCACUGACGAGGAGCGUCACGUUGGCGACCUGGGCAACGUGGAGGCCAACGCCAGCGGUGUUGCCACGGUCAACAUCACCGACAAGCUGAUCAGCCUGGAGGGCGCCAACACCAUUGUCGGUCGCUCGCUGAUGGUUCACGCCGAUCCCGAUGACUUGGGCCGCGGCGGCGUCGAGCUGAGCAAGACCACCGGCAAUGCCGGCGGUCGCGUUGCCUGCGGUGUCAUCGGUCUGACCAAGGCAUAA